CUGUUUUCCUAAAAUCUGAGGUCUAACUUAAACGCCGCCUCAAUCUCAAGCGACAGCUUCACAAAACCACUCUUCCAGCCGGUGGCCGGCCGCCAGAGUCUGACAGUAUUGCAUUUCAAUUGUACGGUUUUUUGUGUGUUGGAAUGAGUAUGGUAGAAGUGCUAAGAUGUCAGCUUGCAUUACAUGGGUAUGGCAAGUGUGCCCCAUUGUUGUGUUCAAAAGACCACCACUUAAGCCUUCCAAGUAAAGGUUUUGUCAGUGAUGCACAUUCUCUUGUUGCUUCUAGACCCCGAAAGAUGUUUUUAUUCAGAAACAGUGGUCUUGAAAUGUGUAUUUCUGAUGGGUGGUUGGCAAUUCCAAGAGUAAAAUGUGUAAUUAGUUUCAAAGAAUCUAGUAUACGAUCUAAUGCUGUUAACAUUGAAUUUGAGUCAUCCUGUGAAGAGGAGAAUGCUCCUGCUAAUGAUGAAAAAGAAGGAUUGCAUGAAAAGUUGCCUCUUUUGAAGAAUUUGGUACAUAAAAAGGAUAUAAAUAGUAGUGCAGGGGCUGCUAAUCUAAGUGGAAGUAGGGUAUAUUACUUGGAAGAAAGAAAUGAAAACAUAUUAUCAAAGAGGAUCUUGAAACUUAGCAGAUCGAACAAGGUUAGGAGUGCACUAGGACUUUAUAAGUCAAUGAUAUUUACAGGUCUUCGACCUAAUUUACAUGCCUGCAAUUCCCUUCUUUCCUGUAUCUUGAGGAAUGGAAUGCUUGACGAUGCCUUGGAGAUCUUUGAGUUCUUGAAGGAAGGUAACAUGACCACUGCUCACACUUAUAGUUUAAUUUUAAAGGCAGUUGCUAAAGAUUGGGGGGAUGAUGCUGCGUUAAAAAUGUUCGAGGAGAUGUGUAAAAAUAGUGACACUAGCAAAGGAUUUGAUAUUGUUGUCUAUAACACAAUGAUAUCGGUUUUUGGAAAACUAAACAACUGGGUUCAGGCUGAGAAAAUUUGGAGGAUUUUACAAAACAGAAGCCUUGUAGGAACAUCGGUCACUUAUAGCAUAUUAAUCUGCCUAUUUGUUCGUUGUGGGCAGAAUGAACUAGCACUCGACGCAUAUAGUGAGAUGGUUCGAAAUGGAUUGACACCUGAUGAUGAUGUAAUGCAGGCAAUUAUUGGAGCGUGUGUGAAGGAGGGGAACCAUGAUAUGGCGUUUUCUAUGUUGCAAGGUAUGUUAAAUAGAGGGUUGAAGCCAAAUGCGAUAUCCUGCAAUGUAGUGAUCAACUCACUUGGGAAAGCCGGUAAACCCAAGCUUGCAUUCAAGGUUUAUGAUCUCAUGAAGUCACUCGGUCAUGUGCCUGAUGCAUACACAUGGAAUGCACUUCUUGGUUCCCUGAACCGGGUGAAUCAACAUGCUGAUGCAAUUCGAUUGUUUCAGAGGAUCAGGAAACAGCAAAACGACAUCCUAAACUUGCAUAUAUACAAUACGAUUUUAAUAUCUUGCCAGAGACUUGGGCGUUGGGAAAAAGCAGUGGAAAUGCUAUGGGAAAUGGAGGCUUCUGGAUGUUCUGUUUCAACGUCCUCAUAUAAUCUUGUAAUUGGUGCUUGUGAGGUUGCAAGAAAGCCGAAGGUUGCAUUGCAAGUUUAUAACCACAUGAUUCACCAAAAAUGUUCUCCCGAUCUUUUCACUCUGCUGUCUCUGAUAAGAAGUUGCAUCUGGGGGUCACUUUGGGAUGAAGUUGCGGAGAUUCUAAAUCAUUCUGCACCGAAUGGGUCCUUGUACAAUGCUGCAAUUCAGGGAAUGUGUCUGACAGGCAGGAUUGAUCUUGCUAGGAAGGUGUACAUAAAAAUGCAUCAGAGUGGUCUCAAAGCUGAUGGGAAAACAAGGGCUCUGAUGCUGCAAAACUUACCGAAAGAUCUCAGGAGAUGACAGUUACCUGAUUGACCAUGGGAAAUCAGUUCCCUAUGAUCCUGUUCCUCUCAUUUCUAUAACUGAAAGGAUGAUCAAUGGUUGGCACUAAGAUACACAGCGCCUCCUCAGCGAACCAGUUGGAAUAACUUGAUACUCAUCAAUUUAUUAUCUAAUCAUUGGUUGGCGCUAAAGGAAGCCAUUAGUGGCUUGAAGCAGGCGGGUAUUAUCCAGGCCAGCCUUCGAGAAAAUCCCAGGAGCCAAUCCAUUCUUUUGCUUCAACACUGCGUUCAUCCUGUAAGUCUUGCUGCAACGACAGGGUGGAGGUUCAAAUUGAUCAGACGUGAUGAAGACUGAGUGAAGUGUACAGACAGAGACUAAUUGAUCUUAAGCUAGAAAAACUAAAUGUAUCAAAAAAAAA